CGGCAGCCUCUCCUCUGGCCGAUGAAUGCAGACCCGCCGCCGCCGCCCUGGGUUUGGAUGGUCCCUGGCUCGGCCGGGCUGCUCCGGCUGGGUGCCGGGGUCGCGCCCCCGCCUGUGCUGCUCGCCGCGGCCCAGCCCCACGCCGCUCCGCUGCUCCCGGGGCUGCCCGGCUGGCAAGCCCCCGGCGAGCCCCUGCUGCCUCUGGUGCCGCUGUCCUCUGCGCCAGACCACGCCGCCGCCGCCGCGCACCACUACCCCCUGCUCCACGGGCAGUGGCUAUUUGGUGGCCCUUCUCCUUCAAUAGGACUGUCCCCUUCUUCCACUGUGGAGCUGGUGCCCAUUUUCCCACAUGUCUGCCCAUCUGCUCUCCCACCUCCUGUUGGGAAAAGUUGGAUAGACAAACGGAUACCUAAUUGUAAGAUCUUUUUAAAUAAUUCCUUUGCUCUGGACUCAACAUGGAUAUAUCCCGAGGAAUCAAGCUUGUUCCACGGGUAUGAAAAGCCUUGUUUAUUGGCAAAUCAAGUAGCUGUGUCUCUGUCCAGGCCAGCUCCUGCCUCCAGGCCUCUUCCCACAGUGGUGUUAACACCUCAGCCUAUACCAGGUGGUUGCCACGACAGCCUUAAGCCCCUCGGCAGCAGCCCCGCCAUCGCCAUCGCUGCCGCCGCCGCCACAGCCAUGGUCUCCGUGGACCCUGAGGGACUUGGGGGCCCGUCCCCCUCCAGUGAGCAGCCCUGCCACUUCCUGACGUUGGCACCCAUCAAAAUACCCCUGCGGACUGUCCCCUUCUCUGAUAAAAGCAGGGACCGGGUCCGAACGCCCCACCCUCCUGCCCUGAUGCUGCGCGCGGAGAGGAAGAGCCCCACCCGGCACGAAGGAGACAAGGAGCCUCCGUCGAUCCUCGUGACAGGUGAAGACAGAGCAGCAAAAGGCAACAGACCGGUGGCCUCCACCCCGGUGCCCGGCUCCCCCUGGUGUGUGGUCUGGACAGGUGAUGACCGGGUUUUCUUCUUCAACCCGACAAUGCAGCUGUCUGUGUGGGAGAAGCCGGUGGACCUGAAACACCGCGGGGACCUCAACAGGAUCAUCGAAGACCCCCCCCACAAGCGCAAGCUGGAGGCCUCGGCAGCCGACCCCAGCGACGGAUGGAGCUCUGAGGACGGCAGGGAAGACCCGAGCGUGAGAAGCAAGAGGAAUCGGACCGAAGGCCACGUGAGUCCUGGGCCAGAGGAGGUGGAGAGAGGGGACAAGGGCACCAGGACGCCGCCACCCCAGAUCCUUCUGCCCCUGGAGGAGCGUGUGAGCCACUUCCGAGACAUGCUCCUGGAGAGAGGGGUGUCAGCGUUUUCUACCUGGGAGAAAGAAUUGCACAAGGUGGUGUUUGACCCCCGCUAUCUGCUGCUAAACUCUGAAGAGCGGAAACAGAUAUUUGAACAGUUUGUUAAGACGAGGAUAAAAGAAGAAUACAAGGAAAAGAAAAGUAAAUUGCUGCUAGCCAAAGAAGAAUUCAAAAAACUUCUAGAGGAAUCUAAAGUGUCGCCCAGGACCACAUUCAAGGAGUUUGCGGAGAAGUAUGGCCGGGACCAGAGGUUCCGACUCGUUCAAAAAAGGAAGGACCAAGAGCACUUUUUCAACCAGUUCAUACUUAUUCUGAAGAAACGCGACAAGGAGAACAGACUCAGGCUGCGGAAAAUGAGAUGA